AAAAGGAGCUCCAAAUCACGUAGUUUCGUUUAUUGUGCUUACUUGACAACUUAAGAACUUCAAUAAAGGCAAGAUGCGCCAAGUCCAGAGAAUCAGCAGACGCAUGGGGACGAUGAAAGCCAUUUUAAUCUAAAUUGUUGAUGAAUCCCUUUUAAUCAGAUUAAGGUUGCUGAUAUCGGUUCUUGUUUUUUCGAAAAUUCCUGCGAGAAUUUCAAAGGAUUUGGUCGUGACAUCUUGGUCGUGACAUCUUCCAGACAUCUCUGAGAGGCGGGCUUACCAGAUUGUGGGGAUCAAGAAAAUCUUGUCCUGGUCUUUCGUUUCAUGCAGUUCCCAUAUAUAUUUAUAUGUAUAGAAGGAGAGGGAGAGCUGAAGGCAUCCCAAGAACCUGAAACACCGGAAACUUCAGAAAAGAAGAGGAAUGGGGAAAAUGGGAAACCCUCGGGAGGCGGAGGAGCAGCAGCAGGAACAGGAGGAUGAGGAGCAGGACGGGCUUUCCGUGCACUCGCCCUGCCACGCUCCACCCUCCUCAGCGUCAUCGCUUCCCAAAGUGGAACUGGAGCUGAGGGUCUUAGAAGCCCUAGAAUUUUACCCACCCGUCAAAUUGCAAGGUAUUCAUCGCCAUUUUGUUAUUUUUGGGCUCAUGGAGUACCUGAGGAGGAGCUUGGACCGACAUUUCUCACCGGAUGAAAUUUUGCAGUUGCUUGACCGUUUUUACAAUUUAGAAAUGUUGAAACCAGACGAAGAGGAGAUGGAAAUUUUGAAUCAGGAGGAAGAAUUUUCUUUACCCCAAGGCUUUUCUCUCAAGGAUGAAUAGAGCUGUAAAUAGAGCGUGCCGAGGUGCAUUUUGUCUGCUCUGUCGUUGACAGGAGGACUGUGAUCCUUGAAUGUCACUGUAGAUAGCAAGAUCUCUUCUCUUUUCUUUUCGCUUCAUUUCUUUUUCAAGAUUAGUAUAAAGGUUUGCAUGGCUUCCUCGUACUCCGGCCAAUGCUCAGGCAUUUUGCCUAUUUGGUGGUUGGGGUGGUGGCUGGGUAAGUGGCAAGCUUGAUUUUGAGUGCUAGAGGCAUCAAUUUAAGCUGUAAAAAAAGUCAUAUAUACACAAGUUGAAGCACAGUGGAAACUGCAUCCUAAGCACCAAAGAUAGGUCUUAUAUCUUAAAGGAGCAAGCGGUUGGAUGGGAGUUUUGGCUGGUUGUUGGGCGGUUGCUUAACUGGGCUACCAUGGGAGCUAUUAACUAAGAACAAAGGAACAUAGGGCGAAAGCAUGGCGGAAGAUUUUCAUCCAGCAACCCCAAGUAAAUGAAAACUUUCCCAUUUUGGGGUCUUAGAUUUGCUUAAAUUGUCUUAUAUGACUUUACUUUUUUUUUUUUCCUAAUACAACUGUCAAGCUACCGGUCAGAAGUCUCUCUGUGGAAGCCGUAUAUAUGGCGUAGCUAGGCCUUCUUCUUCGUUGAUGGGUCUCGUCUAGUUUCAGUGAUUUUUAUAAAAAGAACAAUACUAUUAUUUAUUCACAUAUUGGUUAUUUUGGCCA